CACAACUUUCUUCUUCUCCUAUACAUAGAUAAUUAGAUACACACAUCUAUAUCUAUACCUAUAUGUCUUCAUGUAUUUGUACUCAUUCACCCCAGAUUUGAUUCCCCCUUUAUAAUUCCCUUUUUUAACUCAACCCCCCAACUCUUGCUUUAUAAAUCCUUUCCAAAAAUAAUUCCCCCAAAAUCUUUUCUUUAUUUCUUGAUGCUCCUUUUCUUCUUUAAAAAACCCAAUUUUUUUUCAAUAAAAUUUAUCAAAAACACAAUUCGAUCUACUUCAACUCUAUAUAUUCAACAUCAAAAUCAAAAACCCAUUUCAAUUUUCUCAACAUUUUCAUCAAUGUCUACAACUUCAAAAAGCCCAAAUGAAGAAGAAAGCACUGCAAAGCGUUUUUGGGAUAAAUUUAGUAAAGAAUCAAUUUUGACACUUUAUACUCCUUUUCUUGUUUCUUUGGCUUCUGGUAGUUUAAAGCUUGAAACUUUUUCACAUUAUAUUUCUCAAGAUGUUCACUUUUAUAAAUGUUUCGCUCAAGCAUAUGAAUUAGCUGAAGAGCGUGCAGAUGACGAUGAUGUUAAGGUGUCGAUUAACGAAUUGAGAAAACGGGUUCUUAAAGAGCUAAAACAUCAUGGGUCUUUUGUUCAAGAGUGGGGUCUUGACUUCUCAAAAGAAACAACUCCAAGUGCUGCAACCACAAAGUACAUGAAUUUCUUGUUGGCAACUGCAUCCGGGAAAGUUGAAGGAGUUAAAGGUCCUGGAGAACUCGCCACCCCUUUUGAAAAAACAAAAGUUGCUGCAUAUACACUUGGUGCAAUGGCACCCUCCAUGAGGCUUUAUGUAUUUCUUGGCAAGGAGCUCAAGUCUCUUGUAGAUGCUAAUGGUGAUGACCACCCAUACAAGAAAUGGAUUGACAAGUAUUCCUCUGAAGUAUAUCAGGCUGCAAUGCUCCAGAUUGAAGACUUGCUAGAAAAAUUAAGUGUUUCUUUGACGGGUGAAGAGCUUGAUACCAUGGAAAAACUUUAUCAUCAAGCAUUGAAAUUAGAGAAGGAAUUUUAUUUAGCCCAGCCUGUUGAUCAGCAGACUGUUCUUCCAUUAUCAAAGCAGCUUAUUCCUUCUGAACACCGUCUUAUGAUUUUUUCUGAUUUCGACUUGACAUGCACAGUGGUGGAUUCAUCUGCCAUAUUGGCUGAGAUCGCAAUAGUUACUGCACCAAAAGCUGAUCAAAGUCAACCUGAGAGUGAAGGUCAAAUUGCUAGGAUGUCCUCGGCUGACUUGAGAAACACAUGGGAAGUACUCUCAAAACAGUACACAGAAGAGUACGAGCAGUGCACAGAAAGUAUAUUGGCUAAUGAGAAAGUUGAGGACUUCAAUUAUGAGAGGCUGAAGAAUGCACUGGAACAGCUAUUGGAGUUUGAGAGAAGGGCAAACAUGAGAGUGAUUGAAUCGAAUGUACUCAAGGGUUUGAAUAUUGAAGAUAUUAAACGUGCUGGUGAACGUCUUAUUCUCCAUGAUGGUUGCAUGGGUUUCUUUCAAAACAUCACCAAGAACGAAAAUCUAAAUGUGAAUGUCCAUGUCUUGUCCUAUUGCUGGUGUGCUGAUCUUAUUAGGUCCGCCUUCUCCUCAGGGGGCAUACAGAGUAUGCACAUACAUGCGAAUGAGUUUGAGUAUGAAAACUCUCUAUCCACCGGAGAAAUCAUCAAAAAGGUCGAGUCCCCCAUUGACAAGCUUCAGGCUUUUACUGACAUACUGAAAGACAGUGACCAAAGUGACAAAAAGAAUCUAACAAUUUACAUUGGCGACUCGGUUGGUGACUUACUUUGCCUGCUUGAAGCUGACAUAGGCAUUGUUAUUGGGUCAAGUUCAAGUCUCAGAAAAAUUGGAAGCCAUUUUGGUGUUUCAUUUGUUCCAUUGUUUCCUGCUUUAAUCAAGAAACAGAAAGAGCAUGUUGAUGGAAGUGAUUUUAGUUGGAAGGCGCUAUCUGGCGUGUUAUAUACAGUUUCUAGCUGGGCUGAAGUACAUUCUUUCAUCAUUGGUUCUUGAAAACCCUGUUUUAUGUGUAGUUAUAGCACAAAGAGGAGGCAUCUUUACAUAUAAUAGAACGAAGAUGCAACUUCUCAUGGCUGUUUAUUUUUUAAUUUUGGGCCAUCUAUAUUCAUAAUCUUGCGUAUUUUCAUCUCACAACAGGAUUUUUCUGUUUAUAUACGAAUGUCGUCAUAUGGGCUAAGAGUUCUUGUUGCAGAGAUGAAUACUUUCAGAAGCUAGGAGGAUCUAUUGUCAUAAUUCAAAGUUUUGAGUUUUGUUUCUUCUCAAUAUACAAAUUCCGAUUAAAAUUUUUGGUUGGUAAAUAUGUGAAAAUCUAGUAGUGGACCUUUUGGGAAGCCUUCGGUUGCACCAGAUUGUUAUUUUUCUGAUUAUAUGGUAAUGCUGGAAAAGUUCUCGUUA